UGAUCGAUUUCAACGCUUGCUAACUUCACACUGGUUCCGCGUGUUGAUGCUGAACACGGUAUCGUGAACAAACAAGUUUUUAGGAUCAUAGAGACGCAAAUUUAGGCCAAAAUCUGAAAAAAUGGACAUGAAGAAAAGAGUUUCUUUAGAACUGAGGCACCGGUCACCAACAGAGGUCCAAGAGCUGGUUCUGGACAACUGUCGUUCCAGUGAGGGAAAGAUUGAAGGAAUCACAGGGGAGUUCUCAAAUCUGGAGCUGCUCAGCCUCAUCAAUGUCGGCCUGACCAGUGUAGCAGACAUCCCCAAACUGGGCAAACUGAAAAAGCUGGAGCUGAGUGACAACAGGAUAUCAGGCGGUUUGGAGGUCCUGGCGGAGCGCCUUGUCAAUCUAACGCACCUCAACCUCAGCGGGAACAAGUUUAAAGACAUCAGCACGCUGGAGCCGCUGAAAAAGCUGCCUCAGCUGAAGAGUCUGGACCUGUUUAACUGUGAGGUGACAAACCUGGCCGAGUACAGGGACUCCAUCUUCAAGCUCCUCCCCCAGCUCAUUUACCUGGACGGCUAUGACAUCAAUGACUGCGAGGCGUCCGACUCUGACGGAGAGGGAGAUGGGGUGGAGGAUGAGGACGAGGAAGAGGGGGAGUCAGAGGACUUUGAAGACGAGGAAGAGGAAGAUGAAGAAGACGUGGUGGCUGAAGAUGAUGAUGACGAUGAAGACAGUGGUGAUGAUGAGGAUGCAGAGGUGAACGGAGAUUUGGACAGUGACGAAGAUGAAGAUGAUGAAGACGAGGAGGAAGACGAGGAUUCAUCUCCAGCUAAAGGAGAGAAGAGAAAGAGGGACCCCGAUGAUGAGGAUGAAGAUGAUGAUUGAGGGUUCACAGAGGCCCCUGCAAACCCCUCUGACCUCUGGCCCAGCCUCCUCCUACCUUACCUCCUUUAUCCCUACACCCGUGGGCUGCAUCCCAUUUCUGAAUCUGGUCUCCUCCUCCUCACCCUUCAUCAGCUUCUUCUCACAGAUCCAAACUACUUCUAUUAAUGAUUUAAAAUUCUCCGCCUGACCAGCCCAAACUGUCUCGUAUUACAACACGUCUACUUUUCUGAACUCAGGAACCAAACAUUUAACUUUCCAACUCCGAAGCACCCGUUGUUCAUUUCAUAGCCAAGAGUGACUCAUUAAAUGUCUUUUGUGCAACCAAACGACCCAAAAUCUGCAUGUUUUUCACUCAGAUCAGUGACACAUGGUCAUAUUUUAGUGGAUUUUGUACACAUGUAACUAAGCAGGAUAUUUAAAGUUCUUCUAAAUAAAGCCUCGGCUCAGAGAUAAAAACUCAGGACUUUUUAACGGGAUAAAAACAUUGCUUCAGCACUCUGAAGCCAAACUGUUUGUCUUCCUGUGGAGAGAAAACAAUUUCUUUAAAACUUUGAAUCAAAUUUCUUGUUUAAAAAGAAGGAAAAGCACCAGUUUUUACAGGAAAGCAGCUCAGAUAACAUCAGAUGAGAAUGAAUGAGUUCAGAUUCUGUCUGCAGAGGCUGAUGGAUCAUCCAAACCAUCCUCCUCCUCCUUCUCCUCCCGUCUGUCCAGCUGAUGUUCUCUGACAUCAUCGUGAUGUCACUGAGUUGAACAUCUGAGAUCCUCCUAAACCAGACCCUCCUCCAGCCCCCCUUUCCCCCCACCGCGGCCGAGCGCGCUCAGGGCAGAUUGUAUUUUCUCCGUUUUGUUUUUUGUUUUGUUUUUGCCAACAGAGCUUUUUAAAAGAAAUAUUUUUUCAGAGAAUUUUUGUUUACUUUGGUAUGGUUGUCUGGGGACGCCGUCUCUCUUCAUCCCUCCCUUUGCCUUCUCAUUUGUUUCUGCUUGGUAGUUUGUUUCCUUGUUAAUUUUUUUUUUUUACUUCUGUAAGUUAAACAAUAAACCAAAAAAAAAAAACAAACAAAAAAAGACUUUGUAAAUAAAAUCUUAACAUUU